CGCAGGUCGAGAAAAAAAUGCAGUCCGUUCUAAUUACCGGCGCAAAUAGAGGACUGGGCUUGGGGAUGGUAAAAUAUCUCCUAAAACAGAACAAGGCUGAGAAAAUAUUCGCAACUUGUAGAAGCCCGUCUGAGGAGUUACAAAAGCUAUUACAAGAUAACAAAAAUCUUCACGUUAUACAACUUGAUGUCAAAAAUACAGACAAGUUCGAGGAAGUCGCGUUGCAAAUAAGUCGAGUCGUCGGCGACAAUGGUCUCAACUUGCUCAUAAACAAUGCCGGAGUCACGACAAAGUACACGAAGAUCAACUUGGUUAAGCCUGAACAGCUUCUGGAGAAUCUAGCAGUUAAUACUAUUGCACCAAUCAUAUUGACUAAGACCCUGUUGCCACUACUCAAGAAAGCCUCAGAAGCAAACAGUGAUAAACCGGUAGGGAUCGAGCGAGCGGCAGUCAUCAAUAUGAGCUCUGUACUGGGCUCCAUUGCACAAAACGACCAAGGUGGCUUCUACCCCUAUAGAUGUUCUAAGGCGGCACUGAACGCGGCUACUAAAUCGAUGAGUAUAGAUCUAAAGAAGGAUCAGAUCCUCGUUGCUUCAAUGCACCCUGGCUGGGUGAAGACGGACAUGGGCGGCAACAAGGCGCCGCUAGAUGUCGCCACCAGUAUCAACGGCAUAUUCGACACUAUAUACAAGUUACGCGAGGAGGACUCCGGGAAGUUCUUGCAAUACGACGGCACGGAGUUGCCAUGGUGAAUGAUAAACAUUGGCAUAUUUAAGGGUUAGAGGGGGGGGGGGGGGAGAUCGUACCAUCCCCAGAAGCGCUUACCCCAAGAUACGAACGGAGCUUCGCAAAGGUAUCUGAAAGUGCAUAUUCGCCUUUUUUCCAAGAGGCUAUAUACAAAUGGGUAAUCUUAAAUAAGCCGAUAGUGAUAAAUAGUUAAAAAAAUCGUAGCAUAAUCGCGGGUUAAUAUUUAACGUUCAAUAACUAGUUUCACGUAUGAUGAAUAUAAUUUCGGAAAUAUUCCUUAUUUGCUCGGAGAAGAUGUAAAGCCAACUCUGUGACCAAGAACAAAAUCAAAUAUAAAAUAUAUCGUGUUUCUACCUUCAAACCGAAACACAGCAUGGCUGUGUUUCGGUUUGAAGGAUGGGAUAUGGCGUGAAUUUACUGGGUACAGAGGAAUCACAUCUGAGUCCUCAGGAAUGGCAACGUAUGGGGGGUAUCAUGGGCGAAACAGUAUACUCUGUUAUAUCCAUGGUACUGCUCAUGUCUAUAGGCGACGGUUACCACUCUCAAUCAGGUGGACCGUCAGCUUGUUUGCCAUUCUAAGUUGUAUAAAAAAAAAAACACAUUUCACGUGUAUGUGUUUCGAAAUUUAAACUUUUAAAUUUCGAAACGUGACAUUAUUAAAGAAGCAAAUAUCGUGAAACUAGAGUUAUUAUAAUAUGUUUGUAUUAUAAUAUUAUUAUUCAUUAAGGUUUACUCGUUAGUAGCGAACUGAGUUAAACAUAUUUUUAUUGUCUAUAGUUUAAAGCGAGGAAGUGAACUUACCGACUGAGUAAUGUAAAUUUGCUUUAAAUAAGGGAACUAAUUUUUGUACAAAUAAAUCAAGUUAUUUUUAAA